AAUUUUGAACGCAACUAUAAGCUUGAUAUGCAUAGUUAUUGAACUUGGGAUAUUAGUUAUUCAUGCCACACCAUAUACUAAAGUUGCUGUUUGGUUGGUGAGGAAGAAAAGAUUUCCUUCUGGGAUAUGGUUCGAAAUUGUGUCUAGUCAAUGUGAUGUUACCAAUUCUUCACACACUGGGUCUGCGGCUGAAAUUAAUUUGGAACCUAGUCCACAUUGCUUCAAAUCAUUGGCUAUGGUUUCAUUUUUGCGUGGCAACUAUCUGAGCUUAAGAGAAGUUGUUUCACCCCACUAUGGAUGCGUGUUUUCAGCAAUUUCAAGAUCCUCAAUGGCAUUGUCAGCUUAUGGAAUUCUUACGGGGAAAAGUAUUUCAUAUACUCUGGGCACUGGGCAACACAUGAAGUUGCCAUGGAUGGUCAUCCCAUGCAAAGCCUAUUGGCGUCUUUGUCGUGAUGCAAUCCUUGCUAGAAGGGAAGACUGAUUGCAGCUUGUGGCAUUAAGCAGAUAAUGUUUGAUUCUUUUGUUAUACUGGCAACCAAAGCAUCCAUAUUUUGUACUUAGAUAAUGCAAUUUAUGUUGAUGACCUUGACAGACAAUUGGACCAAAAGAAUUGUAUAGCGAAACUUUUUCCCCAAUUGAUAUGGACAGUUGUUGCACCUACGAACGCCAUUAUCUCUAGAAUGGGAGGGUAAGAAUAGAUUUCCAUCUGGAAGGAGAUUAAGGAGUUCA